AUGGCUUCCUCGCUCUUCUUCCAAACUCUGCUUCUCUUCGCCGUUAUCUCCGCCGUUAAGCCCUGCCCGCCGUCGGACCGGGCAGCACUCUUGGCCUUAAAAACUGCCCUGACCGAGCCUUACCUCGGCAUCUUCCACUCAUGGUCUGGCACCGACUGCUGCCGGAAUUGGUACGGCGUCAGCUGCAACCCCACCACCCGCCGUGUCACUGACAUCAACCUCCGCGGCGAUUCCGAAGACCCUAUUUUCCAGAAGCUUCGCCGCACCGGCUACAUGACCGGAAAAAUCUCGCCGGAGAUUUGCAACCUAGGCAACCUUAGCACCCUCGUCGUCGCUGACUGGAAGGCCAUCUCCGGCGAGAUCCCAUCCUGCAUUUCCUCCCUCUCCUCCCUCCGAAUCCUCGACCUCACCGGAAACCGAAUCUCCGGCGAGGUUCCGGCUGACAUCGGGAAGCUCCGGCGACUCGCUGUUUUGAACCUUGCCGACAAUGUCAUUUCCGGUAAGAUUCCGCCGUCGAUCGUUGACCUCGCCGGACUCAUGCAGCUCGACCUCAGCAACAAUAGAAUCGCCGGCGAGUUACCGUCCGAUUUUGGAAAACUCCGAAUGCUGAGUCGCGCGUUGUUGAGCCGGAACCAACUCACCGGUUCGAUUCCUAAGUCUGUGCAGAGAAUGAACCGGCUUGCGGAUUUGGAUUUGUCGCUGAACCGGAUGACCGGUUCGAUCCCGUUCGGGCUUGGAAAAAUGCGGGUUCUUUCUACUGUGAAACUGGAUGGUAACUCUUUGUCGGGUCAAAUACCUUCCAGUUUGCUGAGAAAUACGGGUAUGGGUAUCCUGAACCUGAGCCGAAACGGGUUUGAGGGUACCAUACCCGAUGUUUUCAGGGCAAAUUCCUAUUUCAUGGCCCUUGAUUUGUCGUUUAAUAACUUGACGGGUCGGAUACCCGGUUCGUUAUCAUCAGCCAAGUUCAUGGGGCAUUUGGACCUGAGCUACAACCACCUAUGUGGAACCAUUCCAAUCGGGUCUCCGUUUGAUCACCUUGAUGCGGCGUCGUUUAGUAACAACGACUGUUUGUGUGGAAACCCAUUGAAGACUUGUUGAUGGGUGA